UGUAACUCAGAGUGCAAACAUCACAGCGUGUAUUUCUUGUGAAACUCAAGCAAAGUCAGAGAGCACAUUAGAGAGCAGAGUAAAGUGGAUUAGGAUCACGUGACCUCUGACCUGCAUGCAUACCUCUCGUCCAUAUGUAGCCUAUAGCAUAGAGCACCGGCUAAGAGGGAAAGUGCCAUUGUCAGGGCUUUUCAUUGACAGUAAAAUGCUUACGGGCGCUGCGGGGAGAGCCUUCUGGGCUAUGCGAUGACCCUGCGGCUUUGGCACAGGCAAAGUCUGAUGACGACGGGUUUCUAUUGUACGCCGAGCGCCUCUGUACUCCCCUUGCCAGGGUAUAAAAGUUAGAGCACUGGUCAGAGGGGGCCAGCACGAGCCAGCCAUCCCAGCACAGCUGUACUCAAGCAGGUAAGAGCCCAGGUAAAACGGAUACAGCAAAAGCUGAGUCCCUUCACCGUCUCACGGAUCUAGUAGGGAAUUGCCCUGGAUUCACUGGUUUUUCAGGGAUUGGAACCAUUUGAAAUGUGAAGCCCAAACCGUACCAUCCCUAACAUUCAACCCCUGUCCCACAACACCAGUCCCACAUGGAUGUUCUGGAGUAUACGCACCAGUUUCAAACCUCAUGACAUUUUCCCACCCUUUGCUCUUUUCUCACAGACGUUCUUGAACCCCUUCAUCAUGUCUCAGACCGCCAAGUCCGCCACCAACCAGGGCACUGACGCCAAGGACAAGGGAGCUCCCGCCCCUGCCGCCACCAGCAAGGCUUCCAAGACCGGAGAACCUGGAUUCACGGGUAACUACAAAAUCUUCCUGUUCGACCAGGAGAACUUCCAGGGCAGGAUGAUGGAGGUCCAGAAUGAGUGCACGAACGUUUGUGAACGCGGAAUGGACAGAGUCCGCAGUAUCAUUGUUGAGUGCGGCCCCUUUGUUGCCUUCGAGCAGAAUAACUUCCGUGGCGAGAUGUUCAUCCUGGAGAAGGGCGAGUAUCCUCGCUGGGACACCUGGUCAAACAGCUACCGCAGUGAUUGUCUCAUGUCCCUCAGACCCAUCCGCAUGGACCCCAUGGAGCACAAGAUCUGCCUGUACGAGCUGUGUGACUUCCAGGGCAACAAGAUGGAGAUCCAGGAGGAUGACGUGCCAACCCUGUGGGCGCAUGGCUUCUGCGACAGAGUGGGCAGCGUGAGGGUUCCCGGUGGAGCUUGGGUGGGAUACCAGUACCCCGGCUACAGGGGCUACCAGUAUCUGUUUGAGUGCGGCGACUACAGACACUACAACGAGUUUUGCGCCUUCCAGCCUCAGAUUCAGUCCAUGCGGCGUGUGAGGGACAUGCAGUUCCACCAGCGCGGCUGCUUCAAUCUGACCGCCGCUAAACAGUGAACUCACCCCGCUGCGCUCCUGUAGCAUAGCGACUAGCCUUCUCAUGGCGCUUUUUAUCCCCGUAC